AUGUUCCCCAAAACCCUUGCACUCCUCAUAGCUUCCGGCCUCACAGCCCAAGCCACCCAAUCUUUCAGCAACACCGGCACAACCACUGGCUGGGACGCUAUAUUCAUAGAUUCCGGCACCAAAGGCACAGUCCAACAAGUCACUAAUGUAGUCUACCAAGGUCCCUCGGCCCUCAAAAUGACCCAGACUUACGACUCCAGCUACACCGGCCGGUAUCACUCCGAAGUGCACCACUACAACGCCAUGAAAAAGGGCGAUACCGGCUUUUACGGCUUCGCAUUCCGUCUCGAAGCAGACUGGCAAUCGUCGCCGGCGCAGUCAUACAACAUUGCGCAGUUCAUAGCCGACUUCACUGACCUCGACUGCGGCGAAGAUUAUAUGCCCGGCACCAUGGUUGAGAUUCUCGGUGACCAACUCGUUACUCGCAGAAAGUACGGCAGUGUAUGUCCGACGUCUUCGCAGCAGACGGAGUAUUAUAACAACUUGGCCACAAUCACUCCAGGUGUGUGGCACAAGGUUGAGAUCCAGGCCAGUUGGCAGAGUGAUAUCUCAGGGUUCCUGAAGCUUUGGCUUGAUGGCAAUAAAGUGCUGGAGGAGUUGAAUGUUGCUACCUCUGUUACUGAUGGGAGGGCCUUUGAAUUCAGGGUUGGGCUUUAUGCGAAUGGUUGGCAUGAUGAUAAGGAGUUGAAGGGUACUCAACCAACGAGACAAGUCUGGUUUGAUGAGAUUGGAUUGGGUACGGCGUUUGCGGAUGCGGAUCCUGAUCAAUGGUAG